AGCCCAGAGUUUAACAUUUGCGUUUGUUUUUCACAUGACUUGAUAAACACAUAACAUUAAUCGUGUAUAUUCUAAAUUCGGAGUUUCUAUUAAACGAAUUAUAGUUACAUGAUCUAUUAUUUAUCCUCUUGAAACAUAUUGCUGUUGUAGUCUACAAUUUGAAGGUACAGACACCGGUUGGCCCUAACCGCAAACAGGAAGAAACUUCCGCUUAGAGUCGAGGAAAGAUACGAAAUGGAAAGCGUGCAAUAAUUAUUUAAACGUAACUUGAAAUGAUAGUCACAAAAUAAUGUGAAACUAAGUGUUAGGUACAGUCUAAACGCUUUACUCGCUAGGUAAGUAAAGUGAACAAGCGAAGGGACAGCGUUUUAGGCAAGGAGUGAUUAUAGUGAGUACACUCCCUGCCAGAUAGAGCUACUUAUUAUGCAGGCCUAUGUAACUAGCCAAGGUAACACACUUAGGUACUAGUUAGCUUGUUUACCUGGUUUGAAAACAUCUCUGGACAUCAGUAUUUUUCAUAAGUCAUGACUUCGGAGGUCAGAAUUUGACGAGGGUAACACGAACAUGUCGGCAAACGUGAGUCCUCCAAACACUGCUUUAGUAGCGGAAUUAUCUUUCUCGUUUCAGGAUGAAUUGACUGCUACUAUUCAAAAUGCACUAGGAGUAGCAGUGGAGAUAGCGGUGGUUGAGAUUACAAAACUAGUCGGCCAAGUGUUAAGGGAUGUGCGGGAUCAAAUGCACGAGACGAUGCGGGACAAUAAGUCCUUAAAGUUUCGCUUGCAAGCAGCCGAACUUGAAAUAUGUGCAGCGCGAGGAGAGGAGCGUCAAGUACAAUCAAUAAUAGGGGAAAAAAACAGCACCAAUAGCAGAAUCCAACAGGUUCAUCAGCAGCUGAAUUCUCUAAACGUUUCACAAAAUAAAAUAAAAUCAGGAAGCGAAGGAGAGCACAGAGUUCUUGAACCCAAUCAGUCUCUUGGUACAACAAAUGUUGGGGAUAGGUAUGAAGAAUUUGAAUCAGAAGUUGUUGAUAACCCUGCAUUUCUUAACGAGUCGUUUUGUGAGAUCCGUGAGGAUGGUAGGGUGUGCACUCAAGAUAUUAAACCGGAUUUUUUAACUUUAAAUCAGGAAGAUGAAGCUGGGACUAAAGAAGAGGUUGUCUCAAACAUGUACUCUGACAACCAUGAAGAUUUUAACCGAGCGUGCACAGAGCCAACUACGGGACAUGAUACAUCAAGAGCCCAUGCUGACGGCCAUCCCUUCCCUGACGGUACCAUGAAGGAUGCAGAUGUGAAGUGUCUGGUUGAGGUGAAGGUGGAGUCUGUAGACCUGGGAAGCAGUAGGAACUGUGGUCCCAAUACUGGAGGGGGAGAAGAGGACUACUGUCCAGACGGUCUCUCCUUGGCUCAAACCAGGCUGCUGGAGGAUUGGAGGCCAGCGGCACUGCAGCUCCCACUCAGUGACCCAGACUCAUUCACCCCCUCCACCAGCCACUCUCUAUCGGACUCCCCCAUCUUCACCCCAAACAUACCAGACUUGGACAUCCUAUCGUCUUCUUCAGCUACAGGUCUCCAUGCAGGCUUUGGUAAACAACAGCAGUACCCACCCAGAGAGACUGCUGGGGCUUCCACAUCUCACUCACACCAGAUGUACAGCCCUCAGACAGGUGAAGUGAACAACAUGGUUGCAGCACAGCACAUCUGCAAGAUCUGUGGAGAGAAGUUCCAUCUGUCUGAGGAGCUACGGCGACAUCGUAGUCUUAUUCACCCAAAGGAUAUGAACAAGCUCCCCAAGCGCAACCUCUACCCCCCUGGGCGGAGCCCGUACCACUGCUCCCUGUGUGGUCGAGAUUUCAAUCGCAUGGAGCACCUGAAGAUCCAUCAGCGUAUUCAUACUGGAGAGAGGCCUUAUGCCUGCACCGUGUGCAAUGCACGCUUCCGUCACUCUUGGGCUCUAACAAGACACUUCCGUAUUCACACAGGAGAGAAGCCCUACACUUGCAGCCAGUGUGGCAAGACUUUCCGAAACUGUGGGGGUCUGCGCUUUCACCAACGUACUCACUCAAUGGGAGGGCUCGGCUGAUAAGGCCUUCAUGAUGGACUGUAAAGGAUGGAAAGACAGAGCAAGAAAUGCACUGGGGAUAUACGCAGAGGGGGAAACAUUUACUGUUAUCAAAUUUUUUACAUGCACUCAAUACAACAGGUAUACCUUACAGUGAAAUACUUACUUGCAAGCCCUUAAACAACAAUUCAGUUAAGACAAAUGUGUUAAGUAAAAAAUGGUUAAAAAUACAAAAUAAUUAAAGAGCAGCAGUAUAAUAACAGUAGCGAGGCUAUAUACAGGGGGUACCGGUACAGAGUCAAUGUGCGGGGGCACGGGUUAGUCGAGGUAAUAUGUAUAUGUGUAGGUAGAGUGACUAUGUAUAGAUAAUAAGCAGAGAGUAGCAGCAGUGGAGGAGGGGGAGUAGACCUUUGAUUAGCUAUUCUAUUCUUAUGGUUUGGGGGUAGUAUCUGUUAAGCCUUUUUGACCUAGACUUGGCUCUCCGGUACCGCUUGCCAUGCGGUAGCAGAGAGAACAGUCUAUGACUAGGGUGGUUGGAGUCUGACCAUUUUUAGGGCCUUCCUCUGACACCGCCUGGUAUAGAGGUCCUGGAUGGCAGGAAGCUUGGCCCCAGUGAUGUACUGGGUCGUAUGCACUACCCUCUGUAGUGCCUUGUGGUCAGAGGCUGAGCAGUUGCCAUACCAGGCAGUGAUGCAAACCAGGAUGCUCUCGGUGGUGUAGCUCUUAUGUGUUAAAGCUUACUGUAAAUGUUCAUACAUUUAUCCUGUGUUUUACUGGAAGGAACAUAAAUAAUUGGAGUCAAAGGAGGCAGAACUUUGUGUGGAGCACAGUUGUUAGUCCGGUUCAUUCAAGGUGAGAUGAGAUGGAUCAUUGAUGUAGACUAAUGUAGGGCUUGAAAUAUCCUGUAAAAUGACAGUCUAUUCCCAGACACAUGAAAUCAACUGGUGUUGUACUAUGGCCUCGCUUAUUUUACUGUAAUGAAGGAGUCCCAUGGAGAUUGACAUAUUUAUGUAUUAAUACAUCACAAAACAGA